GGGCUCCGACUCGCUUCUCAGUGAGUCUAUUUUAAAGCGGAGUGGCGUUCGGGUUUGGACUUCAAAAGAAGAUCCUUGUUUCGUUUUUUUUUAAAUUUCGGUGAAAUUUCAGGCCAGAAAAACAUGUCUGAUUCUGGAGUGAACCCACAUUUGGAGGGGAUUAUUUCUGAUUUUGAAGCGCUUAAGAGAUCCUUCGAGGUGGAGGAUGUCGACACGUCAUCUCACUCUUCCCCCGGCUCCCGUCGGACGACCAACUCCACUCUCCGCAACGCCAUGUCCCCCACCAGCAUCUACUACCGUGACCUGGGCACGACCAGCCCGGCCACCAACAACAACAACCUCAACUACACCCAGACGCGCUCCAUCAUGGGUGGGGGGGGCUCCAAGACCCCCGAGCCCGUGUCACGCCGCUCCGAACUCUCCAUUGACAUCUCUUCAUCGAGCAGGCAGGUGGACAACGUCACCAGCCCUGCGUCCACGCGCUACGUGAGCAACAGCGUCCUGAGGCGUCCCGAAGUCCUGGGGCACUCCCGGACUCCCGAGAUGAGCCACAAGAGGGAGGUGACCUUCGCAAGGGCGCCAUCCGACUCCCCGGUGAACCGCCGCAACGACGGCAGCAAUAACAACAACGGGAUCGGUCGAGCCCCGGAGCAGAACCACACUCGCAGGUUUGAGCCCCCGAGUACCGCGGACGUCCGUAAACCCGAUAUCAGCAUCACCAGGACGCCCCCGGAGAACAACGGCCACCACCCACACCACCCCAACCCUCACCACAACACCAUCGUCACCACCCUCCGCUGCUCCUCCCCCAACCAUGCCGGACGCAAGUCUCCCAACCCCGACAGGUCAGAGGUCAGUCUGAGCCACAGCAACAUGUCCGAGUCAGCGAAGCCCCAACACCCCAACCCCCCGGGGAAGGGGGAGAAGAGCCAGGAGAGCGACUUCAGCUACGUCGGCAUCAACGCCAUCCUGGAGCAGAUGAGGAGGAAGGCCAUGAAGCAAGGCUUCCAGUUCAACAUCAUGGUUGUGGGGCAAAGCGGCCUGGGGAAGUCCACGCUGAUGAACACGCUGUUCAAGUCCAAGGUGAGCCGUAAAUCUGUGCAGCCCGACCCGGAGGAGAGAAUCCCCAAGACCAUCGAGAUCAAGUCCGUCAGUCACGAUAUCGAGGAGAAAGGAGUCAGGAUGAAGCUGACGGUCAUCGACACUCCCGGCUUCGGCGAUCACAUCAACAAUGAGAACUGCUGGCAGCCCAUCAUGAAGUUCAUCAACGACCAGUACGAGGCGUACCUGCAGGAGGAGGUGAACAUCAACCGGAAGAAGAGGAUCCCCGACUCCAGGGUGCACUGCUGCAUAUACUUCAUACCUCCCACCGGCCACUGCCUCCGACCCCUGGACGUGGAGUUCAUGAGGCGUCUCAGCAAAGUGGUGAACAUCGUCCCCGUCAUCGCCAAGGCCGACACGCUCACCCUGGAGGAGAGGGACUACUUCAAGCAGAAAAUCAGGGAAGAGCUGCGAGCCAACGGCAUCGACGUUUACCCUCAGAAGGAGUUUGACGAGGAUGGAGAGGACCGGAUUAUCAACGACAAAAUCAGGGAGGUCAUCCCGUUUGCCGUGGUGGGCAGCGACCAGGAGUACCAGGUGAACGGGAAGAGGAUUCUGGGGAGGAAAACAAAAUGGGGCACCAUCGAAGUUGAGAACAUCGCACAUUGUGAGUUUUCUUACCUGCGAGACCUCCUCAUCAGGACGCACAUGCAGAACAUCAAGGACAUCACCGGCAGCAUCCACUACGAGACGUACCGCGUCCGCCGGUUAAACGAGUCCAACGGCCACAUCACCGCCGCCCCCCCCGACCAGCCCAAGGCCAACGGCCAGCCGGAGCCGCCGGCCGCGCCGGCCGCCGGCCCGCAGGCCAACGGCGUGGCCGCCCAGCACGAGGCCCUGGCACACGAGAUGUAGGGGGUUCUGCUCGGAGCCGGUUUACGAUGACGGGACACAGCCGGGCGCAACACACACACUCAGACAUGAACAACACACACACACACACACACACACACACACACACACACACACACACACACACACACACA